AUCGGAUGACCUUUAGCGGGCAAUUCAAAUGUGCGCAUGGUUCGGUCUUGUUCAAGCUGGAAGAAGACGAAAGAAUACGAAUUAAUACUUUGUACAGGGUAUUGAUUUCAACUGCCGAACAAUACAAUUUAUUAAGAUCCUUUGUGUUUUGGAAAAUAAGGUCUUAAUUGUGCGCAGUAAUUGUUGGUUCGGGAGUCUUCGGAGAUAAUACGAACUUAUUGUCAAAUUACUUGACUGUUUUCUUAUUCUUUUCUUCGAUCUUCGAGGCGCCUUCUGCAACCUUUUUGGAGAGUACUUACUUGGUCUUGCGACAGCAUCUGUAAACAGGGAUAAUCGCAACGCAAUUUGGAUCUUUUUGGUGACGUUGAAUGAUGCCUGGGCCAAAGAAGGGACCUGGCAUUUUGGAAGCAGACAGAAAAGUAAGUGAUGUUGAGUUGCCUGUUAUGUGUGAUGAUGUGUAUGAUGUUCAGCAUGAUAAGCUUGAUGUCAAUGUUUCGCCGGAAGUGAAAGUGUUGGGUUCUAAAGUCAAUGAAGCGAUUGUUCUUCAAUCUUAUGGCUACUGUCGCUCGAAGCGUUGGUUAAGAGAGCAAAUAGAUAAAGGCUUUGUUCAGGCCUCAAAUGUCAAGCAAAUGAUGUCGGAAGUGGCAGACAAGAACAGACAGGUGGUUGAUCCUGUUCCAGCUGAUAUUAUAAACGUUUUUCAUGCCCUUAAAACCUGGCAUAGGAACGAUACCAUCAACAGGGUUUAUCGUUUGUUUGAGGAUUGGGACAUGGGCGUGUGCCGCAUGUGUGGGGCGAUAGUGCCACGGCGUGAUAAUAAAGUUAUGCUUCGGCCGGCCUCCUAUUGCCUGAGGGAGUUGAGAAUGUAUAGUGUUCAAAGAUUGUGUGAUCUGAUAUUAGUGGAUGUUGAAGAAGUACAUGAUUUGGACAGUAGACUUAAAAACUUGGAAUAUCUAGAGAAAAGUUUGAAGGUGAACUUAGAAAAUGGUGUCAUAAGACAGGUGGUGGAAAAUGGAUUGUGCAGGCCUGAGUAUAUGUGUGAUUUCUACCGAGGUUGUGAUUCUAGCAAGGAAGUAUUCGUUGGUAUACUAGAUAAGCAGCAUCUUUAUAGAGAGUCCAGUUAUAGUAAGGCCUUACAGUCCAAUUGGAAUAAAUUAAUGCACAGUUUGAAUGGUAACAUUGAUAGCACCCAGCAUCGGUUGAAAGCUCAUUAUUUGGAUUAUUUUGGUCUGACUGUACAAGAGAAGAAUGAUGUUGGCAGCACUAUUAGACAGGGGAUAGUUAUAGUGCCUAAUAUAACUGUAGAGCGGUAUUAUUCAAGCUGGGAGAUGGUGGAUGGUGAACCUGUGGAGAAGGAUGUGAACAACGUUGUGGUGGAGGUAACAUGGGGUUGUGAGUUUGAUAGGCGGAUUGCUUUGAAGGGCGUGAGUCUGGAGAUACUAAGUGGUGCCGGCCCAGCGGAGGUGUUAGCCGCUAAGUUGUUAGGUAGUACCAUAAUUAGACAAAGGGAGACCACGUGGAAGUUGGUUGAUUGCAUUGGUCGAGUUGGAUUUUUGGGCAGAUCGUUUGAUGUUGGACUGGUGUUGCUAAGUAUUUUCAAGGACAAAGUAUUGCAAGAUCUGGCUCAAAAUGUUGUUGGUUGGACAGGUUUGUUAAACACCAAUGAGUUACCGUGUAAUUGGGUAACGAAGUUUUACCGGCGACGCAUGAAAACGAUAGUGUGGCGGAUCAGUUUGAACGAUUAUCUUGAUUUUAUGCAUGGUGUGGACUUGAAGAAAGACCCGUACAAGCUAUCCCGCAUGCAUCGAAGGGUGGUAAGUGUGUUACAGCAAGGGAAGAAGACUUCAAAGGAGUAUGAAUCAUUAGUAUUGGGCUUGUGGAGUGCAGAGAACACACGCUGUAAAAUAAAAUACUCAUACGUCGCUUCUGGGUAUAGUACGUUGGUGCUGGAUUUGUGCAGUGAUACCAGUACCGUGUUGGAGUACCAUGUCCUAGAGGUAGGGGGAGAUAGAGAAGAUGGGGACAUAGUCAUAGAUACUGAAGAGUGUGAUACUGAGUGUGAGUUCAACCCUGCCUUAAUCAACGGUCAAUGGGCAAAACAGAUUGUUACUCCGGGUCUCAAUUAUGAACAGUUGAAAUACAAUAGGAGUAUGUUGGGAAUGAUAUGCAUGGCAACUGAACAGCGAAGGGGUAUGAAAGUGGGCUUAAUGACUGGACUGGAUGAUAAGGUCAUAAAGGAUGAUGGUGACCCAGGACUGAGAUACGGAGUACUGGUGCAGAUGAAUUUGCUUGAAUACACUGAUUAUUAUGCGAAUGGAUCCUCCGGUGUUAAACAGCCUAAUCUAGCAAUAGUAAUAGAUGUGCUAGAUGUAAGAAGUAUGGUGUCAAAAGCAAUAACAGCUAUGAGUUCCUCCGUGGAUAAGUGGGAGAUCAAUCUGGAUAAUAAGGGGGAGAGAGGAAUUGAAUUGGGCACUCCGGAUGCAGCGAUGUUUGUUAGAUGUCGUGGUUUAUUACCUUGGGCGGAGUUGUUGUUCGGACCUAGUGUUAGUCUGACGGUGUCGUGCAGUUGGCUUGUAAUUGGAGAUUGCAAUUAUCGAGUUAAAGAAGUGAUGAAGAAGAGGUUGAUGGGCAUUAAUCGACCUGAACUUUAUACGUCCACUUACGGAUUUGCUGUUGGAUGCAAUUUGAAUGAUGUCUAUCAUGUUGAUGAUAUUGAGUUGUAUGGGCGCCGUGAGAGGUCGAUGAGUAGUAUGGCCCAAUAUGAGGGUAUUAAUUACCGCUUGGACGAGCAAACAAUAGUACCGAGGGAGGGUGCUUUCCGUGUGGUAGUGGGGCCUAUGGUGCUGAUAGAUGGAGCUAUAAUCAUGAAAAACUACGCUGUGGUGUUUCGGGGUGAUGAUUUAAAAAUGGGGCGAUUUAGAAAGCUGGAAGUUGACAAAAUCGUCGGUACACGGAUAUUGAGGAAUAAUAUGAAGUAUGAUACGUGGUUGGAGAGCAUCAGUAAUACUGAAUACGUGCUUGAUCAAAAGCAGACAUGCGAUUUAGACACUGUAGAAUUGUUGAGAUCGUGUUUUAUCGGAACAGAGGAUGCAGUGACGGAUAAGACUUCUGCAGGUAAAUGACCUCUAUGAGUAAUAUGCAGUAAUGAUGGGUUUGGUGAGGACAGUGGAAGUUUGGACAAAAUAUGACACGUUGAUGCGAGAUAUUCGAAGAUUAUGAUUGUUUGAGGUGUUAGAGGACAGAUCAGAGAUUGGACAAUCCGACGCUUUUCCAACUUAGGGAAUCAACCUGAGAAGGGUUGUAGGCGUACUGCUGUAAGUCCUACAAUUCUUCAAGGGUAGCUCGUCAAGGCAGAAUCCACAACAUUUGAUGUAUUGAUUGUACACAUAUAUCUGUGUUAAGUAAUAAAGUUGGUUCCAAUUUAUCUAAUUGCUGGUUAAUUUUAUAGUUGUCGCAUUGUGUGAAUCAUCUUGUAAUGUUAUUGUAAGUACUUCUGAAGUCGUUCCUAGUCUUCUACAACUGUAAGCGAAUCGAGUGGUGUUAGAGUCAUUGUACACGAUUGGAUACGCCUGGGAGGGGGAUUGUGCGCGAGUGACACGAAGCAACCAACACCCCGAGGACCAGAUCACUGGUGGUACUGUCGACAGAGAGUGCGAAGGAAAGUUUCGAUCACUUAGGAAGGUCCUACACACGGGGAGGUGUACAGGUUUGAUGUAGCAUGCUUGUUGUAUGUUGGGCUUUUGUGUCUUGCUUUCCGUUUUAGCCUAGUCCCGGUUCCCGGCCCAGGUUCCCGCGUUGGCAGUUCAGUUCAAGGUUAUUGGCAUGAUGGAAGAAAAAGGGAUGGACGAAUAAAAAUACAGUACUUUCCUUGUAAAACAUUUGUUAACAUACUUUGUACUGAUCUUGAUUUUAAUUGCCAAACAAUACA